AUGUCUAGCAUCUUCUUGACUCCCUUCUUCAUCGCCGCGUCCAUCAUCAACUCGGUCUUCUUAUCCCUCACCAUCUGGGCUGCUCUCCAGCUCCGCGGCUCGGAUUGGUGGAUUGUCUUCCUGGUUGCCCUCAUCAUGGGCGUGCUGUACCAAGUUGACUAUCUGCGCCGUAAGAGACCUGGUUACCAUGCCGAGCACCGCGAUCCGAUCGAGUUGCGCCUCCGCAACUUGUACGGUCUCAGCGCCAGCAACUAUAUGCACGGCACCAGCAGCGAUGGCAUCGAUCGCUCAAGCAUCCGCAUCGAUCGGCACCAGCGCGAGAACCCCUUUGACACCCCUAUCGCUCGCCCUCAGACUGCACACACGCGUGUUCGCCCUACUUCAGCUACUCCUGCCAGCCUUCUUCAAACCAGUCAGACUCGUGCUCCUCGUCGCCCUGUCACUCCAGCUUUCGUCUGA